UAUUUCCGAGGCGCUCCGAUGUUACUUUCGAAAUCUGAACGACACUGAAAAGAAAACCUGUGUGCUGUGUUUUACAAAGAAAAUCGAAUUAUUUUACAUUUUAUAGGUCCAUGACGUGUACAAACAACAGAUACAGUUAUGAGUAGAAAGCAAACACCGAGUGAGUUUCUGAAGCAAAUUAUUGGACGUCCAGUAGUGGUCAAGUUAAACUCGGGCGUGGACUACAGAGGUGUCCUAGCCUGCUUAGAUGGCUACAUGAACAUUGCCCUUGAACAGACAGAGGAAUAUGUCAAUGGACAAUUAAAGAACAAAUACGGGGAUGCAUUCAUCAGAGGCAAUAAUGUUCUCUACAUCAGUACACAGAAGAGGAGGAUCUGAAGCGCGUGUGUCGAGUAGCAGUACGAAUCCGCAGACAGAAGCCAGCGUUUGUGUGAUUGUAAAACUCGGAGUGUUCCUGAAUGAAUGUGUCAUUUCUUCAUCAAGCACAGUGAAUUCAUUUUGUAAAGCUAGAAUGUUUCAUUGUCAUUCAUAGAUCUAUGGUAGAUAAUAUUAUUUCUAAUAAAAAUUAAAUUCCUUAA